AUGAUUCAUAAAUCGUCGCCGGCACAUUCUACCAAACACCAUUGACGCAGCAAGUUACAGUACUCAGAUUUUAUUUGGUAUGAAAAGUAUGGGUUUGGGGCAACGCUGAAGACAGCAUCACUGUUGUCGAACCAAAUGGGGCCGGCUGAUAUGAUUGCAGCAUGUACGGUGGCUACAAGCGCUGUCGCUGUAACGAUUGUGUGUGUGCCGUUUGUCACCAUGACAUUGUGUAAAAUUUGCGUACCGCAUUCCAGUUACGCCACAACAACUAAUGUUGCAACGGCGUUGUCAACGUGUACAACUAAAGUCUCACUUCUUGUCGACUUGGGUGGCGGUGACGAACGGUUGUGA